AUGCACCUGUAUAUGAUCAUCUGCGGAGUCUUUCACCUGUCGGCAGGGAUCCAGUCGGCAGCAGUGAAACAGGACACUGGGGUUGUAUCUGCCAGCAUCGGGGACAAUGUCAUUUUACAUUGUUUCUACAAUACCCAAGUGGCAAUGCACUUCUCCUGGUACCGACAAACCAUAGGAAGUGGACCCGAGCUCCUGUCUAAUUUUUACAAGUAUGAUGAACCAUCCAAAGUCUUCCGCUGGUUGGAGAAGAACCCUCGUUUCUCUGUGCAAAGGAAGGAAGGGAUGAAUCAUUUAAACAUCUCUGACGUCCGUUUAUCAGAUUCAGCCACAUACUUCUGUGGAAGCACACACUCCAACAUGGCGGAAUUUGGAGACGGGGUCUUUCUAAGCAUCAAAGGAGCCAACCUCAAAGAAAUAGUCCAGUGGCCAGUAUCUGAGACCAUCCAGCCAGGUGGCACUGUGACUUUCAACUGUACCAUACACUCUGGGACCUGUGAUGGAGAACACAGCGUUUACUGGUUCCGACACGGAUCUCGCCAAGGCGUCCUUCAGACGCACGGGGAUCAGUGUAAACACGUCUCCACACCUCCAGGGUAUCCUUCACAGAGCUGCGUCUACCAUUUGCAGAAGGUGAACCUGAGCUCCUCAGAUGCUGGAACCUAUCACUGUGCUGUGGCCUCCUGCGGGGAGGUGCUGUUCGGUAAUGGAAGCGAGCUGCUCGUCAAAGUUGGUGGAAAAGACCAAAUGGCACAGAUGACAACCUUAGUCUGGCUCUCCAUCGUUAGAACUGUGAUUCUCUUGUUCUUAGUAUCUAUUUGUCUCCUGGUUUACAUCGGUAAGAGCUGGUGA